ACUUGUUCUGUCAUUUAAUGAUUUAGGUCAUUGGGAUAGAGAACAUUUAAAUUUGACUGCAUAUUGUCUCUGUAACGUUGUUCCUGUCAAAACAAACAUGUCAGACCGAGACGGUGACCCAAAUUUUGUGUUUCCAUGUUCAGUGACUUCUGAAUAAUAUUUGAUUAAAAGGACUUGGCUAAUUUGUUUUUCAUAACAUAUAUAUUGUUUAUUUGUAUUACAUAGUACAGAGUUUGAGACAGGGACACCAGCAUGUUUAAAGUUGCAGCCAAGUUUGUCCAUGUGACCAAUGAUGGGGUGAGGGUGGCCCGGCGAGCGGUGGGGACCUACACGCGGUACGCCUACUUCUCCCUCACCGACAGGAAGGGGAGACAACAUGGAGAGGGCUCGCUGAAGAACAUCAGGCCCUACGAACCCAAGUAUGACUUGGAGUAUGAUUCUCCCGAGGACUACCUCCUCUCACAGUGGAGCACCAACCCCUGGCCCUACUUAUACUACCGGGUACUGAUGGCGUGUUAUUUCGUCUUCAUGGUAUUCUACACAGCCAUCGUAGGGACACUGAAAGCCAAAAUGCUGAUCAUGCUUACUUACUGGUCAUUCUACAUCCUGACCGCUUGCCAGAUUCUCAGGGCCAUCAACGUAUGGCACUACAUCCAACUCAAGAACCGCAAUCAUGAUAUUCAGGAAAAGUUGAAAGGAAGUCGUAGAAUCAAAUGUCAGUGGCUGUUGUAUAACCUAAGUGCAGGGUCUGCUCCUAUAGUAACCUUCUUGUUCUGGACUAUCGCUUAUGAUGGUUCUGGGGUGACCUUUAUCAAUUGCUCAACACAUGGUGCUAAUGCUGCAGCUGUCUUCCUGGAUCUGUGGAUCACUCGGAUGCCAAUGCGGAUGUUGCACAUGGUCCAUGGUGUGGCGUUUGGAUUGGUUUAUAGUGCCUUCUCCGUCUGCUACUGGUACCUCGGAGGGACCAAUCAAUAUGGAGAACCAUUUAUAUACAAAGUGCUCAACUAUGGAGAAUCCCCACUUAAAGCAGUCUAUUACAUCGUAGCUAUUAGUUUUAUAGUAGCCCCAGUUAUACACAGCAUGUUCUUCUUGCUAUAUAGGUUAAGGGUAUUUUUGCAUCGAUUUCUGAAAGUGAUGGAUAAACGACAUAAAUGUGAUGCAGAUAUUAAGGAGAAUUAGAUGUAGUUUGUAUUUCUUUCUGGUCAAUUUAUGCGUACUGAUUUGCCAGUCAAUACUUUUUUGUUUAAGUUUGAUGUUUGUAUUUAUAUAUAUAUAUUAGUAAUUGAACAUGGAAUGUUGUAUACAGUAAGAAUUUUUUUUCCUGUGGCAGGUUAGUCUACAUUCGCUAAAUCAAUAUUGUUAUGAUUAUUCAGGGUAAAGAGUUUGAGGCUUUACAUUGUCUUUACAGAAAUUGGUGCCAUAUUGUAAAUUUAAUUGAGAUUAUUAGAAUUGUGAUCUUUAACAGAAAAUGUAUGAAAAUGAAUGAGUUUAGAAAAAAAUUAAUGCCAUGUAGUUAAAUUUGAUUUUAAAAAUUAAAGGACCAAAUACUCCACUUCCAUAUGAUCCAAAACUCUCAACAAAUGUUGAGAAUGACUAGUUUUAUUUUACAUAAUUCACAUUCCAAUUGAUAUUUCAAUCUUACAGUGUAGUAAAGCAGGAUCAGCCAUUGACAUUUUCUUUGGUAUUUAUAGCACAGUAUCACAACUUCCAACAUUCUGCAGAUUUUUUGUGAAAUCACAUUUGCAUGGUGAUUGGGUAAAACAUGUACAUGCAUUUAACAAAAGCCUGCUCAUAAUUUGAAUUCCUUGUUUUACUAUUUCUAAAUUCAUAUAGCAUGUGUCUGAUAUUUUGAUGUUUGAUUUAUUUGUUAUAUUUUUUUUGUAAGGAACAGAUGUGGUGAUAAUAUUAUGUAGGCCUACAGUAAUUUUGUGAUUUUGAAAUGAUUUACAAAAAAUGCUUUAUAUUUAAGAUCAUUAUUUUCCAAAUUAUUCAGGUUUAUGACGUUUUAUUUAAUAUUGUGUCAUAAUAAUUAUAUAUAGAAAGAAUCUUAAUUACACAAUGUGUUAAAAUUUUUGUGAGGAAAGAUAAUCUCUGUCUUUUUGUUUCUUUUGAUAUUUGCAUGAUUGGUUUGGAAAGUAAAGAUUAAACCAGUGUAACUUUAAGAUACAUGUACACUGAUAUUUUAAUAGUCAUAUUUUUUUUCAUGUUGUUAUUUUCUGAUGUAAACCUAUAGGGCAUUGUGUUACAGCAUUUGUUAGUUAUUUGAGUUACUCCUGGUAACUAUGGUAAUACAUGUAGUUUUUAAUUACUGGGGGUAAUCUCAUUGUGCAUCUUGUAAUUCAUUUAACAUUGACAUUUUUAAGUAGUUUUCCCUUUGCUAUAUAUACUGAAAUGAUAACUCAGAGAAGUCAGAAGAAUUUAUUACAGAACAAACAGAAUUUUUUCAGAGGGAAUUCAAUUUAUAUGAAUUCAGUACAUGCUUGAAAGUCAAUUGCUUUAUUGAUUACUGGUACAUAACAUGUAUAUUGAUUAGUCCUGGAAUAUUUUACUGGACAUUCAGCUUUUUUUGCAUUGAUUAUGACAUUAAUUAUUACAUGUCUAAUGGUUAAAGACUAGAGUUGACUUUUAAUGUUAUGUUUUUUGGUAACAUAAUGUGUACAUGUUUUCGAAGUCACUUAACAAUGACAGGAUUUUUUGUUUUCUUGUGUAAAUUGAUUAUUAGGUAAUGAAUUUCAAUUCAUGGAUUUACAGUUUUGAAUUGAUUUCAAAUUCACUUCAAUAAAAAAAAUGCAGUCUA